AUGAAUUAUUUGGAAGCAAAUUUAAAUGAAAACAUUGAAAUAUCCACUGAUGAUAAUGAAACUGAAAUAAAUGCAGAAAUUUUGAGAAAUAAACAUAUCAACGACAAUAUAAUUAAUGAAGCGAAUUCAACUGUUGAUGUUUCAAAUAAAAUUUAUUCAUUUGAACAAACGAAUAUUAAGCAAGAAAUUCAAAAUGAGUUUUCUGAAUUAAGCGAAGGAAAAAACGAAAAUAGUGUAGACAUAAAUUCAAAUUCCAUUUGUAAUCAUAGGGAUAUAUUAUAUUCUCCAGAAAACUGUGAGGGAAAAAAUUCACAAAAUUUAGAAGAAAGCGAAGCUGAAUUACUUCCUUUAAAAAUGGAAAUAGAAAGUAAUAAUAACAUUUGCAAUCCUAUUUAUGAUGAAAAUAAUGGCAAUACUGUUGACAGUAUAAAUGAUCCAUCUAAUAAUGAUAAAAACUCAAAUAAUGCUAUGGAUUGUAGCUAUGACCAUGAGAAUAAUAAUACUAAACUGAAUGAUGAUGACAUAUAUACAACAUGUAAUAUAUGUUUAGAUGUAAUGGAAAAAGCAAUUUUGAAUGACCAUUUAUAUGCACAUAUGUUAGAAUCUGGUAGAGAGCCAAAUAAAGAACAUUUUGAGCAUAGAAGAAAAAAUGUUAUAAACCUCGAUGCAUUUGCACUAAAAGAUAAAAAAAAUAACAAUAACUUUAGUAUAAAAAAAAAAAAUGACAUUGAAUCUGCAUCAAAAUGCAUAUUUAGUCAUAACCAGGAGUAUAAUAAUAAUUCAGAUGAAUUAUUAAAUAAUGAUAUUGAUGAGAAUAAUAAAUUAUCUAUUAUUUAUAAUUAUAAUUCAAAUAUUGAAGAACUAAAGAAAAAUAUAAAUAGAUCAUUGGGUCGUAAUAAAGGAAGUACUAAUCAAAUUCUAGAUUCAUCAAACAAUAAUACAAUUGCUAACGAUAAAAAUACAAGUUCAAGAGAUAUAAAUGAAAUAGAAAAAAAAGAAACAAUUAUGUUCAUUGCACCCGGAAAUGAUACCAUAAUUGAUAACUAUUUAUCUCUUAUAAAAGAAUCAUUUUCUACUAUUUUUUAUAAUCCAGAUGAGCCAUCAAGUAUUAAAAGUAAUAUUAUUGACAAUAAUUUAUAUCGUGGCAUAAAUAAAGACAAUUAUAAAAAUAUUGUUAAUAGUAUAUAUUCCAUGAUGAAUUGUUUAAAGACAAGUAUAAAUAAGAUUAAAAAUAUACCUGAUAUUUGUAUUAAUAAUAUAAACAAUGAUAUAGGGAGAUAUGUGAAUAAGGCAAUGGAUUGUAUAAUGAAAGAUAUAAAUAAUAUAACAAAGAAAAAUAUCUCUAAUAUAAAUACUAAUGAAACUAUUGAUGCUGAAGUAUUAAACAAAAAAUUAAAUAAAAUAUACAAAAAACUAUAUAAUAUAUAUAAAAAAAUUAAUUAUGCAUUACAAAAUUGUCAAAAUAAUUUAACUAAUAUUAAUAAUUCUUCAAGGGAGAUUAACCCUUCCCCUAUUGCUUGUAAUGAUGACAUUAAUGGUACCAAUAACAGAAGUAAUAGAAGCGAUAUUAUUAGUAAUGAUAAUGAAAAUAACAUAAACAUAAAUAAUGAUAGAAAUAGAGAAGAUAUAUUUUCAAAUGAAAAUAUAAAUAGAAAUUUUAUAAAUUCUUCAAAUGUACAUCAUUUUAAUCAUUCUGCAAAUUUUUAUAAUCAUAAUUCUUUUAACGAAAGAAGAAGGGUGAAUGAUGUGAAUUAUCUAUACUCAAAUUUAGUACACAAAUAUCCUUACAUUUGUGAAAAUCCAUUAUUUUCCCAUUUUGAUAAUAAUUCAAAUAAUAUUUGGCCUAUAAGAAGAGUAACAAACACCAUUACACAUAAUAUGCAAUCAAAUAGCAUAAAUACAAACACUAUCAAUAAUAUGAACAUUCCAACCAUAAAUAAUGUAAAUAAUGUGAACCGUGUAAAUAAUACUAGUAAUAUAGAUAGAAACACUUGGGGAAAUUUAGCUAAUAAUUACGAACCACUCGGUAUUAUAGAUCCUCACAUGAACAAUAAUAUAUUAAUAGUAGAAAGAGCACAUAAUAGACACAAUAUUAAUGGUUACACAAGUAAUAAUACUACUAAUAGACCCAAUAAUAAUAACAUAAAUGAUAUAGAGAAUUAUGUCAAUGGUUAUAACAAUGAUAGAAACAUAAGAACUACCUUUAACAGAAACAAUAUAAAUGUUAGCAGGACAACGCUUGUAAAUAACAUUGGAACUACCAACAGAAAUAACAAUACAACAAAUUAUGUAUUUAAUGGAAAUAAUAAUGUUAGGGCAGUAAAUUAUGUAAUCGGAAACUCAAAUAACCAUAACAUAUCAAACAACACAGAUAGAAUGCAUCAUAAUUAUUUAGGUAGAAAUAUUAUAGUUGAACAAGUAUUAACAAUAAAUCAUGAAGAUAAUGGGAAUAUAAAUACAAAUUUAAGAGUAAACAAUAAUAUUUUAUACAAUGAAAGAGUGCAACAUGAAAAUAUAAAUCAAAACGCAUAUCAUUCUACAGUGCUUAAAGAGAAAAUCGAUUUUUUAGUUGUUCCUUUUGAUACAAAAAAAAAUAAGAACAAUAACUUAAAAUUGUGUUCCAUAUGUUAUGAAAAUUAUAAACAUAAUGAACCCUUAAUAUUCUUGCCAUGCACACAUAAUUAUCAUAAAGAAUGUAUAAUUGAAUGGAUUAAUAAAAAAUUGACUUGUCCUAUUUGCAAAAUUAAUCUAAAAUCCUUUUAA